GGUUGUCCCCAAGCAAUGCAGCAAAUUCAUAUAUUUUCUUUAAAAACAAAAAACACUAUAAAAGGAGUUAGUCACAGAAAACUUACGCAUACUAAACGAAUAAAAGUUAAAGAGGAUAAAUGGCGAUCUUUAGCAAUUAAAUCAAAUCAAAUCAAAUCGAACCUAAUUAGAAACAAGAACAAUUUUGCAGCUGUAGAUCAAAUCAUCAAACAACCGAACAAUUUUCAGAGCAAGAUGCAACAUCAAGAAGAGAACGUAGCGGAGGAGACGAAGGCUAGCGUUGAGAAUGAGCAAGAUUGGGCUAAUUUUGGAGACGAGGAUAUUAUUCAACAUCAGUCUUCUGUUCGCUCCAUUGAUGCCGAUAAACUUCCAUUUCUCAGUGACAAGGAACCUCUUUCUGCAUUAGCUGCUGAAUAUCAAUCAGGGAGCCCUAUUUUGCUUGAGAAGAUAAAGGUGCUUGGUGAACGUUAUGAUGCUAUUAGGCGAACACGAGGGGAUGGAAAUUGUUUCUUUCGGGGCUUUAUGUUUUCUUACCUUGAGCAUAUCUUGGAAACACAAGACAAGGCAGAAGUUGAUCGUGUCAAAAUAAAUGUGGAAGAAUGUAGAAAAACACUUCAGAAUUUGGGUUAUAUUGAUUUCACUUUUGAGGAUUUUUUUUCGUUAUUCUUGGAGCAGUUGGAUAAUGUUCUUCCAGGAAGUGAAACUUCAAUAAGUCAUGAUGAGCUUGUAGAUAGGUGUAGAGAUCAGUCGGUAUCAGACUAUGUUGUCAUGUUUUUCAGGUUUGUUACUUCUGGGGAAAUUAAAAGACGCUCUGAUUUUUUUGAACCCUUCAUAUUGGGAUUAACAAAUACAACAGUAGAACAGUUUUGCAAGUCUUCUGUGGAACCUAUGGGUGAAGAGAGCGACCAUGUGCACAUUACGGCCCUAUCUGAUGCAUUGGGUGUGGCGAUUCGUGUCAUGUACCUUGAUCGCAGUUCAUGUGAUACAGGCGGGGUUAGUGUAAAUCAUCAUGAUUUCCUUCCUGCUGCUGGCAAUCUGCCAAAUCCUACCAGUGAUGGUUCUACGAUCAAGGAUCCCUUCAUUACCUUGCUUUAUCGUCCAGGACACUAUGAUAUUCUCUACCCAAAGUGAUGCUCUUGAGUCUUGCCCACCCUGGCCGUUAAUAGAUUCCUGGUUAAUCGUGGGGAUACGCAAUUGAAAAUGACUGAUGGCAGGAAUCAUAGUGUUGUAAGGCAAAGGCGUAACGCUGAAUUGCUUUAUGCUGUAGCUUUUUGAAAAUAUUCAAAAUCCUUCUAAACAGUGCGAGUGAGGAUAUAAAAUUGCAAGGUUGCUUAAAAACAAGGGAUAAUCAGCAUUUGUAAUGCAUAUCUUGGGUUGGUCCUCACUUGUGUGAAUUUGCAUUCUUGCAGAGGGCGAUAUACUGUUGAUUCUGAUUUCCUUUUAUGCUGUUAAUUCUUGUUGUUUCUUUGUACCCAUACAUAAACAUAUCAUACUCCUGCAAAUUGCAGACGAUAGUAUUUUUAGGUGUCAACAACUAUAUCAUGUUGCCCCUGCCUGGUUGAGCAUUUUGUCUGGAAAGUCAUACCUGAGCUAUGGUUUAUUCUUA